AUUCUUUAUUUCUUCCACUUGCAAAAGUAGUUUCUCGCUAACUACGCUAAGGUUUUGAGCUUCAAUCUCCCAACUUUUUUCCAAACCAAACAUGGGGAGACACGAGAGAAGCAAGAGUAGUCGAUCAGAGAAACCCUCCUCCUCUCGCAAAACCAAACGCCGACGGUCCAACGACGAUUCCGACUCAGCCGAUUCACCUUCCGAGUCCGAUUACUCCUCAGAUUCCUCCCGCAACCGCCGCCAUCGUCGCCGGAGACGAGAAUCAUCGCCGGAAUCCUCCGAUUCCGGCGACACCAGAAGUAAGAGCAAGCGAAAAAAGGUUUCGGAAGAAGAGAUAAAAGAGUACCUCGCUAAAAAGGCACAGAAGAAGGCAAUGAGAGUAGCGAAGAAGAUGAAAACUCAGACGGUUUCCGGUUACUCAAACGAUUCAAAUCCUUUCGGAGACUCGAACCUGAAUGAGAAGUUUGUUUGGAGGAAGAAAAUUGAGAAGGAUGUAAUUCAUGGAGUUCCGUUGGAUGAGUACACUGUGAAGGCGGAGAAGAAGAGGCAGAAGGAAAGGAUGGCGGAGAUUGAGAAAGUUAAGAAGAGGAGAGAAGAGAGAGCGUUGGAGAAGGCGCAAAGAGAAGAGGAGAUGAUGUUGUUGCAGAGAGAAAGAGCUAGAGCUGAAGCUGAUGAUUUUGAGAAGAAAGAGGAGGAGUUUCAUUUUGAUCAGAGUAAGGUUAGGUCUAGGAUUCGAUUGCUCGAAGGUCGAACUAAGCCAAUUGAUGUUCUUACUAAAUAUCUUGAUGAUUCGGAUGAAUUCGAUGUCGAAUUGGAUGAGCCUUACAUGGUCUUCAAGGGUUUGACUGUUAAAGAAAUUGAGGAGCUUCAUGAUGAUAUAAAACUGCAUCUUGGUCUAGAUAGGGCAACGCCAACUCAUGUGGAGUAUUGGGAGGCAUUGAUGGUGGUUUGCGAGUGGGAGUUGGGUGAAGCUAGGAGAAAAGAUGCAAUUGAUCGAGCUAGAGUGCGUGGGGAGCAACCUCCUGCUGAGUUACUUGCUGAAGAAAGAGGUCUGCAUUCGAGCAUUGAGACAGAUGUCAGAAAUUUCCUGGAAGGCAAGAGUUACAAAGAUUUGGUUGCACUACAAGCACAAAUUGAGUCAGAGAUGCGAUCCGGGAAAGCCAAGGUGGUUGAGUAUUGGGAAGCUGUAGUUAAACGGCUUCACAUUUACAAGGCAAAGGCUUGUCUUAAGGAAAUCCACGCCAAGAUGCUAAGGAAACAUUUGCACCGCCUUGAACAGCCUCUCCAAGAUGAAAUGAUGAAGUCUGAGGAGGAGAAGAUAGAAGAGGACGAAAGUGAGGAAGAAGCUGAAGUUUGUCUAGAUGUUAGAGCAUUAUCUCCAGAACCCAUCACAUAUGAAGAAGCUCAGGAGUCGGAAGCGGAGGAUGGUUCAUUUUCUCCAGAGCUCUUACAUGGUGAAGACAAUGAAGAAGCAAUUGAUCCUGAUGAGGACAGGGUUAUAUUAGAGAAGAAGCGUUUAGCUGUAUUGGAGGAACAACAAAAGAGGCUGAAGGAAGCAAUGGUUUCAGCAAAACCACGUGCUCAGCCGGAGGAUGACUUUGAGGUUAGGGCGAAAAAACUUAUGGGAUCCAUGGAGGAUGGUGACGUGGUUUUUGGCUCUGGUGCUGAAGUCAAUCUGGAUUCACAGGUUUAUUGGUGGCAUGACAAAUAUCGCCCAAGAAAGCCGAAGUAUUUUAACCGAGUUCAUACUGGUUAUGAAUGGAACAAGUAUAAUCAGACACAUUAUGACCAUGAUAACCCUCCUCCUAAGAUUGUCCAAGGCUACAAGUUCAAUAUUUUCUACCCAGACCUUGUUGAUAAAAUUAAGGCUCCUACGUACUUUAUUGAGAAAGAUGGCGACAGCAGUGAGACCUGUAUUAUUCGGUUCCACGCUGGCCCUCCUUAUGAAGACAUAGCCUUCCGGAUUGUUAAUAAAGAGUGGGAGUAUUCCCAUAAAAAAGGUUACAAAUGCACCUUUGAAAGAGGCAUCCUACAUGUGUAUUUCAACUUUAAGCGGUAUCGUUAUCGGAGGUGAAGAUAUCGCUGCUGUUCAUGUGCUAUGUUAUUACAACUUGACCUGCUUGAAUCUGGUCCAGAGAUGGGUAAAAUUGACUGCUAGAGGAAUUGUAUAUAAAUCAACAAAUUUUGUUUUAAUUGUAACUCUAGUUGAAUAGUGUACUCUUCUUUCAUCGAUACACAUGAUGCUAAUUUAUUAUUUAGUACCUGUUACAUUCUUUUA